AUGCACAGCGUAAGGGAUCGCUGGAAAACUUGGAGGGCUAGGAAAACAAAGAGUCAGAACGAUAGCUCUAGCUUUGUCGCCUCCUCGACUCCCCCACCAACAGGCAGCGCAGAAGCCCCGUCCAGCGACCUGGUGGACUCGCCUGCUCCGUCGGAUCCAUGUGGGAAAAUGGCCGAAUUGACUCUAGCGAUCUCCGGGAAUCGUCAGCCGACAACAACGUCACCGUCCAAAGCGACAUUUGAUGUCUCAUCCGAUCCUGCUGACCCUAGGCAUGUUCCUCAUCCUGCCUCGACGGUCGUCGAUCCUGCUGGGGCCCAUACCGGACCCGAAGAGCGCCUAACGAAUCAGGGCGCAGAGCUUUCCAUAUCCCAGAGAAUCUGGAAUGCCGCUUACGAUAGCCUUGAGGAGGACAAAGAUACUGCUGACCUUGUCAAGUCUUACCUGAAGACUCUUACCGCAGUUCUCAAGGCCGAGAAAGCUUCUGGUGUCUCUGCCCCCGACGACGAUGAGCUUGCUGCCCAGGUGCAAAGUCCAACCACGCGUCAGGAAUAUCUGAAGAAAUUAGUCAACGAUGGUCAGAAAAAAAUCGAAACGUCGUCAAAGAUCAAAAUGGCAGUGGGUGAUGUCGCCCAGUUCAUCCUUUCUGCCAAAGGGAUGAUCGACCUCGCAAUCCAGAACAUACCGCAGGCUGUGCUCCCGUGGGCUGGUGUUUGUAUCGGGUUACAAAUCCUCCUGAACCCUACGCAGGCCACGAAGUCUAACCUGGAGGGCAUCGCUCAUGUGACCUCAAGAAUGGACUGGUAUUGCGCCCUAACCGAACACCUGUUGAACAAGAGCAAUAUUAUGAUCGGAACGGAGUCGUUUCAAGAGGUCUUAGAAAGGCUGGAGAAGGCAGUUGUGCUGCUCUACAAGGAGCUCCUCCUCUAUCAGAUGAAGAGCGUCUGUUCCUAUUACCGGCAUCGAGGCGUUGGAUUCCUGCGCGGACUAGCGAACUUGGACGACUGGGACGGUGAUUUGGCGUGUGUUAAGGCUGCCGAAAUCGUCGUGCGGGAGUAUUCAGAGCAAUAUUACCGAGAGUAUCAAAAAAGCUCUCUGCGCCAGCUCGUCGACUCUGGUAGUGAAAUGGAGAAAUACCUUGGUGACAUUCAUCAGAACUUGCGAGACUUUAUUGCCAUGCAAAAGACAACACGAAGGAACGCUGAGGACAAGGAAUGCCUCCAAGACCUCUUUGCUGUGGAUCCACAGUACGAUCUGAAGGACAUUGAGGAGAGGAAGGAUAAAUUGCUUGACGAUGCGUAUGACUGGGUCCUUAGCACCGAUGAGUACGCCGCGUUCACCAAUUGGCUCAAUGACGGACUCAAUAGACCGUCCUGCCGUGUGCUGUGGUUAAACGGACCUGCUGGCACCGGCAAAACGAUGCUCUUCAUGGGCAUUAUUCGCAAGCUCUCCGGUCAGCCCUCCGCCCUUUCACCGAGUGUCUCGUACUUUUUCUGCCAAGGUACAGAUCAGACCCGGAAUAGCGCAACGACCAUCUUGCGAUCACUGAUUUGGCAGCUACUAGUGCAGCAACCAUCUCUUAUCUCGCACCUCCGAGACCAGCGCAGAAAUGCUGGUUCCACUCUUUUGAGAGGCGAGCGCGCGUUUUAUGUGCUGUCUGACGCACUCCGGAGCAUGCUAAAAGACCCUUGCCUCUCCCCAAUAUAUUUUGCCAUCGAUGCCCUUGAUGAGAGUGACCGGAAAACCCCGGGCCUGGAGCAGCUUCUUCGCCUGAUUGAUACUUCGCUUGCGCUCUCCAGUAAGGUGAAGUGGUUACUCUCUAGCCGUCCGGAGGUUCUUGUUCAUGCAGACGGCAAGGAUCUCAAGGGUCUUCAUGCGUCAACAGUUUCGGUCACGUUGGACCCUAGGCGUCUGGAAGGCCCCGUCAACGCAUAUAUUGACCAUAAGCUUGACAGCAUGAAGGGAAAAGACGGUUAUGAUACGGAUACCUUGGCGCAACUUUCGGACGAGAUCCGCCAGCGAGCUAUGUCCACGUUCCUCUGGGUGGCAUUGGCGUUCAAAGAACUGGACGGAGUGGACGGGUGGGACGCCGUCGAGACUAUCCAAAGGAUUCCCUCUGGCUUGUCGAAUGUGUACGAACUAAUUAUGGCCCAAAUCGAGAAGGGCAGUCCACAAAACCAAAGGCGCUGUAAGAACAUAUUAGUCGCCGUGGUACUCGCAUAUCGUACUCUCUCGCUGCCUGAACUCGCCGUUCUUGCUGGAUUGCAACCAAAGAUAAACCCGCGGACAAUUGUCGAGAAAUGCGGUUCUUUCCUGGCAAUGUCGGGCCAAACCGUCUCCCUGAUCCACCAGUCCGCCAAGGACUAUCUCGAGGCAGACUACACAAGACUAGGUAGUAGCGUCGGCCAAGGCAAUGCGGAGAUCAGCGCGCGCUCGAUUAUUGCGAUGGGUUCGAUACUGAGACAUAACAUCUAUGCUCUGCCGUAUCCAGGUUUCGAGUCCAGAGACGUAACGCCACCUGACCCGGACCCGUUGGCUCCGAUACGUUACUCCUGCGUCUUUUGGGUUGGCCAUCUUUGCAAAGCAAAAGACCAGGGCUUUGAGAACGAGUUGAUUGAGGAAGGGGCAAUUCUUCGAUUUUUGAAAGAGCAUUUCCUCCACUGGCUUGAGGCAUUGAGUCUUAUCGGUGGGAUUUCAGAGAGCAUCAGGCUACUGGGGGAAUUGCAGACUGCGGUUGAUUCCGCCAACAACACUGAACUCUCUACGUUUCUUCGCGACAUGCAUCGAUUUAUCCGUUUCUUCCGUCAAGUGAUUGACGUAGCACCGCUCCAGGCAUAUUUUGCAGGUCUUGUUUUUGCCCCGCAAAAAAGCCCGAUUCGGCAGACAUUUGAGGGAUUCUUACACACCUGGAUAUCUCACAUACCCCUCCCGCAACUGGAUUGGAGUCCCCGCCUAUAUACGCUUGACCUCAAUAAGGCUACACCCGAAUCGGUAGCCUUCUCAGCAACCGGUGAUCGACUUGCAUCGGGCUUGAAGAAUGGCUCUAUAAAAAUAUGGGACACAGCCACAGGUGACCACAUGCAAACGCUUCAGGGUUAUGAUGACACUGUUAAUUCAGUAGCCUUCUCAAGAAAGGGAAAUCUACUAGCAUCAGGCUCAAGGGAUCACAUCAUCAGGAUCUGGGAUACAGCCACCGGCGAUUGCGUGCAAGUAUUCCAGGGCCAUAGUGGUCCAGUCUCCUCAGUCUCCUUCUCAGCAACAAGCGAGCAACUUGCAUCGGGGUCAUCAGAUGAGACCAUCAGAAUCUGGGACAUUGUCGCCGGCAAAUGCGUGCAGACUGUUGAAGUGAUUUAUGCAGUCCAUUCAGUAGCCUUCUCAAACACCGAUGAUCGACUAGCAGCAGGCUUGGAUGGGGGCAGUACCAUUAUCUGGGACACUGCCACGGGCAAACAAAUUCACAAACUUGGUAACUAUCGUGCAUUUGUCGAAUCAGUAGCAUUCUCGGCGGAUGAUAAGCGACUUGCUUCCGGGGAAUCGGAUGGCACCAUAAAGAUAUGGGACACAGCCACAGGUGCUUGCUUACACAUACUUAAUGGUCAUGAGGAUGCAGUUUUCUCUGUAAGCUUCUUAAGGAACAGAGAUCAACUGGCAUCAGGCUCAUUCGAUGGGAGUGUUAAGAUGUGGGACACGGCCAUAGGCGAAUGCAUGCGGACGCUUGUGGGCCAUAGUACUGGGAAGAUCAUGUCAGCAUCCUUCUCAGCAACCGAUGAUCAGUUCGCAUCGGCCGGGUUUAGUGAUAUUGAGAUUUGGGACACGGCCAUAGUCAAUAACACGACACCAAUUCAGAGCCGUUCGGAACGGGUCAAGUCGGUGGCCUUCUCAGCAAGUGGCCAUCGACUAGUAUCACUCUCAGCGAAAGACACUAUCAGGAUUUGGGACACAGUCACAGGCAAAUGCAUAUCAACGCUGAAGAGACUAGCUGAUGCUCCCUCGGUUGCGUCAGUAGCCUUCUCAAUGGCUGGUGAUCGAGUAGCUUCAGGCUUAUUCAACGGUGAUAUCAAGAUUUGGGACGCAGUCACAGGAAAAUGCAUGCAGACGUUCAAGCACCGAGGUUAUAACCUUUCUUGGGUUCAAUCACUAGCGUUCUCAGCAACUGGUGAGCAACUGGCGUCAUACUCAAUGGGUGGCAACAUCAAGAUCUGGGACACAGGCACAGGCAAAUGCAUGCAGACAAUUGAUCAUUUUCAGGUUACAUUAGUAGCCUUCUCACCAACUGGUGAGCGACUGGCAACAGGCUUAAGGGGUGGCACCAUGAAGAUGUGGAGGACGGCCUCAAGAUAUUGCAUGUGGAGAAUUCGGGGCCAUAGUCGUCGACUCACGUCACUGGCCUUUUCAAGAAGUGGUGAUCGACUUGCAUCAGGAUCUGAAGAUUUCAGUAUCAAGAUCUGGAAUGCGGCCACGGGGGAUUGCAUACAGAUGUACGAGAUCGGCACUUCUAUAUAUCAGCUACUUCUCGACCCUACUUCAACAUACCUUGUCACUGAACUUGGGCGUAUUAAGGUUGAUCUAUCAUCUCUCACACCUGUGACGUGGUCUAGAGACAUGAUCAAAGAACAGACCUACAUUGAUCAAGAGCGCAAAGGAGUUCAGGACAAAGGGAAUGGUGAAAGCAACUAUGAUGACUUCGAAGAACAGGCAGAAGGAGCGUUUGAGGCGGAGUCAUUCGCAGAGAAGAAAUCAGCCGAGGCAGGCGGUCUGGCUAGCAACGAUGAUAACUCAGAAGAAGAGCUAUUCGAGGAGGAAGAAUCGGCCGAGGAGGAAUUAGCUGACGAUGAAUUAGGCGAGUCAGGCAGUCUGGCUAGCAGCAAUGGUCAGUCAGAAGAAGUGUUAUUGGGAGAGGAAGAAUCAGCCGCCCAUGAAUUUCAGUUAUCUGAUGAAGAACCAGGCGAGGAGAAACCAAGCGAGGAGGAAUCAGACGACGAGGACCUUGUGCCCCUUUCAGCUGCCUACUACCCAGAGCCAAAAGUUUACGGCUACGGUCUGAGCCCGGACCGUUCCUGGAUUACGCGUGACGGUGAUAAUUUCAUUUGGCUACCCGCUGAAUUCCGCCCUGAGUGCUCUGCCGUGCAGGGCAACACGGUUGCCAUCGGUUGUCGAUCGGGUCAGGUCCUCAUUUUCGGCUUCACUGCGGACGGAUAUUUGGCUGACAAUUAA